AUGGGUGGAAAUUGCACAUGCGUUGGUGACGAAGCUGUUCACCGCGUAUUGAUGUUAGGUCUGAAAUCAGCAGGUAAAUCGACGAUACUCAAUAUUAUUAAAGAAGAUCAGCAAAUUCGGACAUUUCAAGUUAAUGAUUUUAAUACUCAAACUAUCAAAUGGGAAGACUAUGAACUUGUUACAUGGGACCUUGGUUCUGCUGAAAAGCAAAGGCCUCUUUGGCGUCAUUAUUAUGAUGGAAGUGUUGCCGUAAUUUUUGUUGUAGACUGCUCUGAUAAGGAGAAAAUUCAAUUAGCGAAAACCGAAAUACACAAAAUUGCAGCAGUUCCGGAAUUAACGAAUUGUCCAAUUUUAUUUUUAGCCAAUAAGCAGGAUGUUGAUGGAGCAAUUGAUCAAGAAGAAUUGGAAAAGCUCAUUGAUGCCGGCGGUACUAAACAUCUUACUUAUUCUGUCAUGCCAUGUUCAGCAACAACGAACAAAGGCAUUGAAGAAGCAUUUGAUUGGUUACUUAGUAAGAUAAAGGAACACAUCAAAUAA